AUGCUGGAGGAAGGCAGACAGACGCCGGCGCGGGCCGCCGCCGUGCUCGACCCCGGCUCCGAGCAGCAGCGGGACCCGUGCACGCGCGGAGCACUGAUAGACCAAAGCCGGCGGCACCGGACGUCCUUCACGCGCGAGCAGCUGUCCCGCCUGGAGCAGGAGUACGGCCGGGAGAGCUACGUGUCCCGGCCGCGGCGCUGCGAGCUGGCCACGGCGCUCAACCUGCCGGAGACCACCAUCAAGGUUUGGUUUCAGAACCGGAGAAUGAAGGACAAGCGGCAGAGACACUCCCUGCCUUGGCCUCACCCCUUCAUCGAUCCUCUGGGGGCUCUUCUCAUGAGCCGUGCUUCCUCGUCCUCCACCCUGACGUACCCGUUCAUCCCGCCCCAACUGCCCCACCUCCCUCUUCACCACUACGCCCCCAUGGCUCUGUCCUCCACAGCGCCGUCGGCUCACAGCUCCUACGCCGCGCCGCUGAGGCCGCUGGAUCCCCUCCACCUGUCCCAGUACCACGGCAGACCCGGGGAGCUGGCUCCCUUCUACUCCUCAGCCAGCAUGCUGCACCACCCCCCCUCAUGCCCCUGCUCCCUCUGCCCCCAUUGGGGGCGAGAACAGCUUUCCAAAGGCAAAGCAGAGGGGCUGAGCCUCCCCAAGAGCCCAAAGACCAAAAAGCAGUCGGUUUCUCUGGAGCGAAGAGAGGAGAUGGUUUGAAAUCAGAACAAAAAUCAAAACAUGAAACAAAAACAGUUUUCCACUACAUUUCUUCAUUCAGUCAACAACCAUCAGCCUCCUCAGGAGAACAUGGAAGCAGCCUCAUCAACAAACAGCAUUCCUAAUGAGUGGAAUAAAGACAAUCUGAGCUGCUCAUGGAUGGAGGUGAUUCUUGGCCUGCUGACAUGGGACUGUUCUUAAAGACGAGGUCAUUGAGAGAUUCAACCUCCCUCUGACGUGAAGUCUGCCCCUAACUUAUUACUAGAUCCACUUUUUUUCCUUCAUGUGAAAGGUGUCAAAGAGUCAGAGAAGAGACUUCUUCUGAUGUUCCUCAGAGAGACGACCAGGCUGUCAUUGUACUGACUCUGAGACUGAUGAUCUUUUCCAUCAGACUUCCCAGGCUGCACUGACAUGUUGCAUCUGCUCCUGGUUCUCGUCCCGUCUCACCUCUAGGCCUCAAGAGAACAGAGUGGAGAUUGAGUUCAGACAAACCUGCAGGAAAAUGUUAAAAUCGGAUUUCUGUCUCCAAGUGUGCCUGUGAUGGGGAGAUUUAUAAUUUGUCUUUACUGAAUAUGUAAACUGUGGUGCAAUGAUGCAUAGAAGGAAACUUUUUUAGGUUCUAUUUUCUUUGUGUUUACACCAAUAUUUAUUUACGUCAUUUUAAGGCAUUAUGUAGCAUUCGUUCACUGCUUAUGCUGAUGUGGAGAUGAAGAAUAAAGUUUAGUUGUGUAAAUCUGAACUAAAACUGUGUUUUUUUUUCCAGCUGUGCUUGUUUUAAAUCACAGAGAAGGUUCAGCAUAGGGCUGCUGGGUAUCGAUUAUAAUUUCCAGAAACGAUUUGGUUCUAUGUUUUUUUAUACUUUCAAUUCUU